CCACUGGAGGGAGCGAGAGGAAUAAUGGCGGAUGAAUUCGGUGCCCAAAAAUCACUUUGGCAACAAGUGUGUGAAGAGUUUGAAGCGGAGCGGCCCACUUCUCCCAGUGCUGAUGAGAUGAUGAGUGACAGCAGCUCAGUCAGCUCCCACUUUUCCCAGUACAGCGUUAACACACACUUCCCACUCUUCCACGGACUCACCACAGACGAGGUUUCUGUGGAUGACGACCCCCUGAAAGACUUUGACCCACUUCUUUCCCACUCUGCUCUUGCUGACGAGACGGUGUCAGGGACACAGAAUUGUCCAUCAUCGCCUACACAAGUCCAACAUCCUGUCACAUGUUUUAUGGAGAGGAAGGUGUUUCCUGUGUUGUUGCCUGGACUGGAGGCUCUGCUGAGAGAAGCGCAGAAACACCGCUGUUUCCAGAGGAAAAUAACAGCGUUUAACCCAUGUGACUUCCUCGCUGAAUGGCUAUACAAUCAUAAUCCUCGCAGACGUGGACACUCCCCAGUGAACUUCUGUGACAUCCCCUUUGUCCAGGACUGGCUCAGCAUGCAUCCCAGGCGUCCCAUUCCUCUGUUUCUACGCCUCAGUGAAGAUGAGGCUGCUCUGCUCAUUCAGGCUUUCUGGAGGGGAUACAAGAUCAGAGCACGUCCAGAUGUGCAAGAGCUGCGCCAGUGGCAGAAAAAACUGAGAGAGAACCACGAUAUUGUCAGAACUGUGGAGGAGUUUUGGGCCCAACAAGAAAGCCGAGUGGGCUCAGCUAUGCUACAUCUCCCAGAAAGCCCCCAGCCUGGCAACUCUGACGUGUCCGUCCAAGUGGUUUCUCCAACCCCCCAGAGCACCGUGGUCCACACCCCCACCACCACCCAGACAAUGCCUGAGGCUGGUGCAUGGCUGACCCCCGGCCUGUGCGUUGUGGAGGAACCGCCACGGAAUAAUCUCCUGACUGCAGUGUCUCCAUCAUUACUUGGACUUCACAACCUGAGCUAAAAAAUGUGUUCUGGGUACAAUGCUUUUCUGGCACGUACAGGCUAUUAAACCCUAUUAGGUUGAUGUCAAAUUGACCAAAGCGAUCAGUCAAACAAUCCAUUAAAAUCGCCCGUAAGCAGUUGGAUAUGUAAGCAGGGAUUUAUGGCGAGAGAACCAUUUCUAAUUAGUUGAUUGCUUUCAUUGCCUUUUUGAUGAAUUGCUCCCUCUUCAUGGGUCUCGUCCAAAACAUGAACGCGGCACUGUGCCGUUCACAUGUAAUAGUGUCAAACCUCUUUAUUUCCUCUCAGUGCCUCUGGGUGAAAGCUCACUGGGAGACAACCAGUCACAUUUCCUUGACUUGUCAUGUCCCCUUUCUACAUAUCAGGAACAAGUCAGGAACUGAGGCCAGAGUGAAAGGUGUGAGGGCGUGCACAGACGCUAGGAAAGGAAAUCACAUUGUCAUGGGAACAGAUAGUGUUUACCACUGUGUGACUGUCAUAUUUAGUCACAUAUCAUCUCACUAUAAGUGAUAAUAACUCUGUUAUAUAUCGCACAAUGCAUCACAUUAUGUGCUAUUUAAUCAUGCGAAUGUAAUGGACAAGAUGAAAAACAUUAUUACACAUGUUUACUGAACUUGUUUACUCGUUACUAAUCAACAAACAUUUACUCAACAUUAGCUGAGAUAUUUCUGAGAUAUACAAUACAUUCAACUGCAACUAUAAGAGUUUGUGGCGGCGUCAUCUUAUUUUAUGUAUUUCCACCUAACACAGUCGUCAAAUUUUGUAUUUUAUUUACAUUUUGCAGUGACCCUGCUAAAAUCUUCAGUCUCCUGCUCUUGUGGCAGCUUUUGGGACCAAACGUGGUCGUAAAUGUCACCGAUGAUCACCUUUGGAAAGUUUAUUUACGUGAAAAUUCUGGAUUAAAAGAAAAGACGGAAUGCUUCUCAUUCGAUGGUAGUUCAUUGUUUUCCUUCAUGUCCACUUUAAAAAAAAUAUAAACAGAUAUCUGCCAUAUUCAAACCAUUGUUACAAUGAGUUCACACACUCCCCGUAACUUAAAAAUAUUUAAUUCUUUAUGCUGAUGGAGUAUUAAAUUCAACUCAGGCCGCCUGGAUGUAUUUUGAUUUCAUGGCUAUAGAAUUGUCAAAAAAAUGUUCAAUGAGUGAGUGAUUUCUGCAGCCUUUUUCCAAGACAACUUUCACUUUCGCUAUCCAGCAGUUAUUCAACCGUUUAGGAAUUACGGUACUGAGAAGCUGACGGUACUGAGAAGUUGACGUCACAAAUGUGUGGCGCGCCGGGAAAUCUCGUCUGUGAUCGGACGAGUCGUUCUGCGGAAGUCCUGAGGACCACCGUAAUGGCAAGUACUGUAUAUGGACGCAAAGCUCUAUUUCUCUGCUUUCCUGUAUCUUUAUCCUCCACAUGAGGUUUGCGCAGGGUUCAGUCUAGCAGUAACAGUAACACAAUAAUUCAUUUUUUCCUCUAAUGUCACGGAAACGUACUGAAUGAUGAAUAAGCCCAUUAACUCCACAACUUCCAAGUCAAGACAGACAGAGGCAACAAUUGCAUUGUGCUAGUACAGUGAGACGGCUGUGAACCAGUUUAUUGGGAGUAUGACUGGAAGCAGAAAGAGGCGACCACAGAAAGUCCCAGAAGUGCAAUCUACGGGUUGUUCAUCACAUUGACGGGGUAAAUAAAUGCUACUUGUCUCUAGCCACCAAACGCUUCCUCAGUCAGAGCUGACUUUAUUUGCACAGCCCGUUCCGCGGCAUUCAAAUGAUGUGUCGUCGUUUCUGUUCACCAAGACCAAACAGAAGCGGAGUAACAACAUCAACAGCCAAUGUCAACAAAAGUUACGCACUGCAGCUUUAAAGAUUACGUCUUUUCCUGACAGUGUUUUGAGUUAAACUGAGUCAAAUUAAAUGCACUGCUGGCACUUUCCCAUCCCUUCUUGAACUUAGUGUGUUUCCUCCCUAGUGACUGUGGAGCAGUGAGGUAAAGGGGUUUUGUGACAAAUGUCUUUCCUGACCCUCUCAGUCAAUGAUGCACAUCAGCCCUCAGUGAGGCGUGGGACUGGGGAGGGUCAUGUGUCUUCCUUUGCAGGUUUGUAGAUUUCUGCGGGACAGCUGCCACGGGGUAAGGUUGAUAAAGCAGCACAUUUUCUCUCUGCAGACAUCUGAUAGCACAGCCAGCUCCACAGAGUCUGGCAGCAUUGGGCCGGGGCUGAAACUGGAUCACACCGCAGUGGUUGCUAGUCUGUCAUAGCAAAGGCAGAUAACACCUGGUUCUGAGUAGCAGGCUGAAGGCGGAAGUGUUGAAUACAACUGUGUUUACACACAGACGUCCUGACUUCAAAUGAUUCCAGGUCUGUGUGGACUGAGAAUUAAUAUUAUAAUUAUUAUUAUUGUUGUUGUUAUUAUUAUUAGUAGUAGUAUUAAUAAAAGGCAAACGACAACUAUUAUGUCUUUGGUAGUUCCCGUCUGAUCGCUGUAGCAGAGGCAGUAGAAUGACAGCAAGGCUGAUAGGGAUUUUAAAUAACAUGGAUGUUGGCAUUUAUUUUAUUGUUUUUUGUCACUGCCACACUGUGUUAUUAGUUUCAACACCAUAAUGACAGGUUCAAUUUUUUUUAGCUAUAAAUCAAACCACUAAAAUAUACAGUAUGUAGUAAGACAAGAACAUGAGCCUGAUCUUGGUCAAAAAUAGCCUGGUGCAGUUUACAAUUGGUUAAACGCAAAUUGAUGGCAAAAUGCAUUUUUUUUUUUUUUUGCUUUGUACCAAAUAUCAGAUUUUCUAAGCAUAUGGAAAACAUAAAGGCCGUAACAAAAUCUGCCUAAAGUGUCAGCUUUAAAGCUCCUCAUCUGUGUUUGGCUGGGACUAGUAACUUCCUGUCACCUCUAGUUGUCUGCUAUGAUUUUGUAGUCACAUUAAAGGUCCA